AUUCAUGAAAAGAGGAUGGCUGCCGGGCCGAGUUCAUACAAAUUUUUCAGUGUUGCUCGCCAUGGAAAACAGCAUGAAAUUUAUGAACACGAAGAGUCUGAAGAAGAAGUUUACGAAUAUGAAAGUCAUGUUCCAAAACGUGCACCCGCCCAAGCUUAUGAAUAUGUAAAAGUUAUCCCAUCAACAGCACCUUAUAAACGUCCACCCACCGCCAUAUAUGGAACUGAAUUAAAGCGCACGCGCGACACAACUAUCAAAUCUUAUAAACCACCAUCAUUUGGAAUUACUAAGAAAUAUAAAUAAAAAUAAGUCCUAAUAAUAAAAUUGUUAAAGAAAUGCUAAUAAUCGAAUCCCAAAAUAUAACAGUAUAUAACGUAUACAUAACUGGUAUAUGAAAAUGUAAAUGGCUAUAACAAUACCAAUAACCACGCAAAGGUGGGCAUAAAAUGUAAAACAAAAAUCUUCUAAUCUAUUGAGCCAACAUAACCGAAAUAUGAAAUAUAAUUACGUACAUAUAACACCUAAUAAACCUAAUAAACGUAUUGUUUAUCGUUGCAUUAAAAAUAUACAUACCUACCUACUAAAAUCAGAAUUUAGUUUCUUUUUACAGCUAAUGACGUAAGUAUGGGUGCGCUAAGAAAUGCAUCAAGCCAAAGCAUCAGUCUCUUUAACUUCUAAACUACAACUGAUGGAAAUGCCUUAUUUACGCAAUUACCUUCUAAUUAUGAAUUUAACCGUGGUUACGCACAUUGGGCAUUCCCAUCAAUUACCGUUUAGAAAUAAAAGCGUCUGAUGCUUUGGCUUGAUGCAUUUCUGAACACACCCAUGAUAACUUGUUUGUAACGUUUAUUCCACACGAAGUCCAAAUAAAUGUCGCACAAAAUAA